AUGGCACCAGCGCUGAUUCUCCUGGCUUUUCUUCUGUCCCUUGGAGCUCAAGCAGAGGAGAUCAUUGGGGGCCGUGAGGCCAGGCCCCACUCCCGCCCCUACAUGGCGUUUAUUGAGUCUGAGGAUAUUGAUGGAAAUAGGAGUUGCUGCAGCGGCUUCCUGAUUCGAUACAACUUCGUGCUGACAGCUGCUCACUGCAGGGGAAGAUCAGUGACAGUCACCCUGGGGGCCCACAACAUCACGGCACAGGAGCAGACCCAGCAGAUCAUCCGUGUGACAAGAGCCAUUCCCCACCCAGACUAUAAUCCUAAGGAAGACUCCAAUGACAUCAUGCUGUUAAAGCUGGAGAGAAGGGCCAGGAGGACUAGAGCUGUGAGGCUCAUCAAGCUGCCCACACACAAUGUCCAUGUGACAACUGGGGAUGUGUGCCAUGUGGCUGGUUGGGGGUCAAAAUCCUUUAAGAGCUUUUCCAUAACUGACCUCCUUCAAGAGGCUGAGCUGGUCAUCGCGAAGGACGAGGAAUGCAAAAAAUGUUUCCGUCACUAUUCCAACACCACACAGAUAUGUGCUGGAGACCCCAAAAAAGAACAGCUUGCUUUCAAGGGUGACUCUGGGGGACCCCUGGUGUGUGACAACAGAGCUCUUGGGGUUGUAUCCUAUGCAAAAUCCAAGAAGAUCUCUCCAGUAGUGUUUACUAAGGUUGCACACUUCCUGCCCUGGAUAAACAGAAACACGAAUCUCUCCUAA